GGGGAUUCAACGAAGAAGAAGAAGAAUUGUUCUCCGCAGCAGCAGCAGAAGAAGAAGCAGAAGAAGCAGCAGAGGACGUUGUUCUUCGUUUGUCAUCAGACGCUGAAUCAGCCGUCGACGGUCUGAACAACAAGCCGCUGCUACAUCCACACUGAGCUCCAAGAACAAGCAAGAUUAAAAUACUGACUUACAAACAUGUGGGAUGGACCAGGGCAAGGACCACGGGGAGGACCACCCUUUCGUGGUGAUCAUCGUGGAGAAAGGUUUGGCGGCAGAGAUCGUCCCAUGCCUGAUUAUAGAGGUAGAGAUGGGAUGAACACGGGUCCCAUGGGUCAUAUGGGCCCAAGACCUCUAGAUCUGCCACCUAUGGACAUGAGAAGGAUGGAUGGGCCACCCAUGAGGGGGCGCGAUAUGGACCCUCGUGAUAUGCGAGAUAGAGAGCAAAACAGAGAUUUUUGCAGACCGGGAGAAGAGCCAGACUUCAGUCUUAGAAGACACUAUGAAGUUUCCAUCAGAGACAAACAGAAUUCUUCUGGUUUCCCGGGACCCGGCAGGAACUCGGGAGACAUGGGAGGGAGGGGUAUGCCACCACGGGAACCAAACAGCAGAUUUAUGGACAUGAGAGACAGAGAGUCAUUUCAUUAUGACAUGCCACCGAUCAACCAUCCCAAUGUUGAUGGAAGAAGAGGGUUACCCAUGGACCGAAUGGAGCGAAAUGAUGGAUUUAGGGACAUGCGAGACAGGCCCCCAAUAGACACAGGUGACUGUGAUGGCUAUGAUAUGGACUUGCCGCCACGUGAAAGGAGACUGAUGGACACUGACCGAAGAGGAGGGCCACCUCUCAAUCCAAGAGGUGGAUUUGAUUCAGAUAUGGAUUUCAGAAAUCGUCCAUCAGCUGAAUUUAGAGGUAGGGAUCGAUCUCCCUUAAGAUUUGGAAACAGUGAUGUCCCUCCAGUGGACAGGUCAAGAUCAGACAUGCCUUCAGAUGUUGCUGGCCCUCAACGAUCAGCGUUUAGGGGUGCAGAAGACGCACCCAGAGAGAGAGAAUAUACAGAUUCAAGUGGCAGCCCCCUUAUGGAUUAUCGAUGUGGUGAAGAGAUGACUCUUGCAGAGGAAUGGAAGAACCGUCGAAAGGACAAGAGUCCUUUCAUAGAAAUGGGUAAAGGUAUGGGAGGUCCACCCAAACCUGGCUUCCCUGUAGGUUUUGGCAGAGAUGUGAAUGUUAGAGAUCCACCACCAUUUCAGGAAAGGGAUAGGCCAUCUGUUGAUUUCCCGGGGAAAGAUGUUGGCUUUCCUCAUGGUGACCACUUUCCUCCUAUGAAUCUACCAUCAAUUGCCAGCAAAGCUCCACAAGACCAUCCACGCCAGGAAAUAAGUCCCCUAACCGGCCCUCUUGGGAGAGAAAAUGAGAGUGAACAUUGGCUUGGAGAAAGAAACCCAAAGCAUAGCCAGAAUAAAUCAAAUCGUGACGAAAGGCUCCCUUACCAUCAAGAGAAGAAUCAGCCCUCACAUAUGAUUCAGGAGCCAAAUGAUUGUUUUAAAGGGCUGAAAGAUAUCCCACACAAUCAAGGACCUGCCAGGGGUAAGAUGGGGGCAGAACGUGAUUUCCAAAGCAGCAGCAGCACUGUACAGACGAGAGACCAGGACUACCGGGACAUCGAUUACAGAACAGGGUCCGGGAGGGUUUUCGAUUACAAGCACGAGACGCUUCAGGCACCAGAGAAACUCAUCAAAGAGUCUAAACCAAUCGCACCGUCGAAAUUUAGUGAGUCUGGUUCUCAGGAUCAAGAUUACAGGAAUGCAUCAGUGGAGGACAAAGUUUCCAAUACAAUAUCCAUAAUUGGUAUUCCAAAGACUGCCACAAUGGAGCAGAUUCUUGGUGCCUUUGCAGUCCGUGAUGGUGUGCCAAUGCAGGGGAUGAAAAUCAAGAAUGUGGUGCCAGGUUACAGCUACGAUACGGCCUAUGUGGAGUUUUUAAACCUCGAGGAUGCAGUCCACUUCAUGGAGUCCAACAAGGGAUCCCUAAAGGUUGGCACUAGAACGACAUCCAUGAAGUACAUUCAGCCAGACGAGCGGGAAAGAAGUGUUCAUGAAUCAGAUCACAAAGUACCUCAACUCAACAAGGAGCCCCAGUUGCCAAAACCAGAUGAGCCUUUAGAGGAGUUGAAGACCAACCUGAAUGGGUCCAAACCAAAAGACCCCAUUGAGCCCUUGUCCCACAGCCAGUGGCAGCGUAGCUCUGACCUGACUCCCGAGGCCUGGCAGCAGCAGGUGGACCAACAGCUCCAACAGCAAGAAACGGAGCAGCAGCAGGCAGAGUCUUGGGGCAACCGCAACCAUCCUCAUCACGGAUCACACCAAUCCGACUCCGUCUUUAGAGACAGCAAAACCAUGAUAAUAAAAAAUGUGAAGCCCACCACCACCGUAGAGAAUAUCCUGAAAUGCUUGGAUCCCUUUGCAUAUCUGGAUGAAAGAAAUGUUCGCCUGGUCAAGGCCAAGCCACCAGGAGCCAAGUGCUUCUGUUUUGUUGACAUGGAUUCCCAUGAGCAAGUGACGCGUCUGGUUGAGCUCCUCACUAAACCCAGACCCCUUUAUAUUGAUGGAGUCAGAGUUUAUGCUGAGGUUGCAAAACCUCUGAAGAACCAAAAUUUCAGAAGAGACUUUGAUAAACCAAACAGUUCCAUCCUCGGGCAUCCACCUGAGUCCAGCAUGAUGGGGCUUCUUCAGCAGCAGCAGCAGCAGCAGUACCCACAACCUCCACAGCACUUGCAACCUCUGCAGCCUCCCGCUGGUGCCCCCGCUGGAAUGCAAGGUGAUAUGAUGACAAGCAUCACUAAUCCUGCUCCGUUAUCAGACCCCAGCAUGGGACAGGGAGUAGGCUAUGGUGAGCCUCCAGCUAUGGAUCCGUCGUACCAGGCUGGUGGACCCCAUGUGCCCCCGUGUGAAACAGCUGUAAUGCCAGUCGCCGCAGAUGGAUCACAGCCAUACAUCUAUGGCUCUGAGAUUCCAGACAUGACCAAUUACUUGUACGAUUCCACGUCAGGCUUCUACUACGAUCCUGAGACGACACUGUACUACGACCCUGCCUCCAGGUAUUUCUACAAUGCUGUAACCCAAGAGUACAUGUACUGGGAUGCUGCGUCAAAGACCUACAUCCCAGUUCCAGGAGGGAACCCUGCAGCGACCCAACCUAUGAUCAUGACCGCUGAAGACCAGGCCAUUCUUUCCAACCCGGCAGCAGAUGCUCCUCUGGAAAUGAAGAAAUCAUUGGAGCCUUCCGACACCGCAGCAGCUCCGGCACUAGUUCCCGUUCCUGAUGCCGGCUCUGCUCCGGAGCCUGCCCCGACUUCUUCAGCAGCUGCUGAGAGGAAAGACGACGACGACUCCAAAAAGGACAAAGACAAGGAUAACGACAAGCCAAAAAGUCUUGCUGCUGUCAAGAUCAUGAAAGACAUGGAGCGCUGGGCAAAGAUCCAGAAUCGUCAAAAGGACAGUGUCCGCUCGGCAUCACCGGUCAUCAUCGGUCAGCGGAUUGUAAUGGACCAUGAUAGCAGGCAAUCCAAGUCGGCUGACGCUGGUUUCGCUAUCUUUGAGAGGAAGAUAUCGGGUGCAGAUGAUCUUUUUAAGAAGCCCCUUGCUCCUCCUAAGAAAGAUGAGAAGUCAAAGCGUCCAAUGGGCUCCCUCGGUAUGCUAGCGUCAGACUAUGCAGCUGGAAGUGAUGAAGAGGUGGAAGAAGAUAAGGACGACGGAGCUAAAGGCAGUCAGGGCGGCCAGUCCGAAGACAAAGACACCAAGCUGACAGACUGGAAGAAGAUGGCCUGCCUACUGUGUAGGAGACAGUUCCCCAACAAGGACGCUCUGAUCCGCCACCAGCAGCUCUCCGACCUGCACAAACAAAAUAUGGAGAUCCACCUUAAGAUUAAGAGGUCGAAGAAGGAGCUAGAGGCACUGGAGAACCAGGAAAAAGAACUAAAUUCCAAAGAACCUUCCGGGGCACCAGAAGCGAAAAAAAGAAAACACCAUCAACAGCCGCAGCAUCACGGUUGGGCUGGAGGCUCCAGGGAGAUGAAUAAAGUCAGUGAUAGACCCGGUUUAGGAGCUGAACCUGCCCCGCCGAGGAAAAAGAAAGAGCCCGUCGUUUGGGACCACGCCACCUACAAACAAGCAGUACGCAAGGCCAUGUUCGCACGGUUCAAGGAACUCGAGUGAUCUCAUCUGAACACCUCCUCACUUUUGAUAAUAUGUGAAUUGUUAAUAUGACAUGCUUGCUCCACCUCAGCAUGAGAAAUCCGUUUGACUGUCUUUACUGUUUCUCUGCCUUGGACAUUAUUACAUUAUAGAACCACAGUUUUUUCUACACUGAAAUGUUGUGUAAAUCACACUACAAGGCUACAGUGGAGCUAAAAAACAAAAACCCUCAAAAACAAGAGUUAUUUGACGUCCUUGACAAUGGAUGUUGUACAGAAAGUGUUUAUUCAUGCUGUUAAUCUCUGUAUUUUCGACCAUGUUUUGUGUGUGUGGCCUGUAUGUAGAAUUGUGAAAUGUCUCCAGGUAGUCUUUUUUUUUUUUAUUAUUUUAAAUAA